UGUAUUCUUCUUCUUGCGAACUCGCUGAAGUCUGAAAGAUGCAGGCAAGUGAUAGGUUUAACAUAAAUUCUCAGCUUGAGCAUCUUCAAGCUAAGUAUGUUGGUACAGGUCAUGCAGAUUUGAGCAGAUUUGAAUGGACUGUGAACAUUCAGCGUGAUAGUUAUGCUUCAUACAUUGGUCACUACCCGAUGCUUUCUUACUUUGCAAUAGCUGAGAACGAAUCUAUUGGUCGAGAACGUUACAACUUCAUGCAGAAAAUGCUCUUACCUUGCGGCCUUCCUCCAGAAAGAGAAGACGAGUAAGAGCUUGUGUGCAUUUGAAAUUAAAAAAAACAUUCUACUUCUUAGAAGCUUGUGUGCAAUCUUCUUUAACUGCUCCACCAAUGUAAUUGCCGAAAAGGCUUCUUCUUGUUUCUAGUUCAUAAUGCAGUUGUUGAUCAUGAUCUAAACAUUUGUACUUUGUUAUAGUCUUGAUACAAUUGUCAAACUCAAAGUCUUUUUGCUACUCGAACAACUAUUGCAAAAGAAUUGAAUUGAACAAGUCAUAAAAAAAAGAGGUUAAAAGUUGGAGUAUUUAAAUGAAUGACGA